AUGGCGGCUCCUUCGGCCCAGGCCACCCUUACGCUACAAGAUGCCUUCGAGCGGUUUGCGUCCACCGUUACGCCAGAAGACAGGCGAACUUUCCAUAACACUCAGCUCAAAGAUGUCCAGGAAGAAGCCAUGUGUAUCGAGCGGCAGCUCCGUGCUCGUCGCAUGCAGAAGAAUAUGGUUCGGCUUGACCCAUUCCUACAAGGGAUGGAGCAUUACUCCAAGGUCGUUGAGGUGCUGUGCAAUGGCACACCUUAUCUUGCCUGGAUCUGGGCGCCAGUUAAACUCAUGCUCACUGGCAAGAUCGCCGACAUGUUUCCUCGCCUUGACCGACUCAAUCAUGCGCUUGCCGACGACCACAACUUUCAGAAUGUCUUGGCUUUGGUCUACUCCGCUAUUGUAGAAUUUCAUCGGCGAGCCUACAAGUUUGUGCGAAGAAAAUCAUGGGCUAUCUUCUUUAGGUCAAUGUGGGAUGGGUUUGAAUCCCGAUUCAACGGGAUAUUGAAAAACUUAACAUACCAUGGAGGACUGGUUGAGAAAGAAGCUGCUGCGGCGGAAAUCUCUGAAGCUGUUCGACAGACACGGGCUGAUAUAGCACGCCAACUCCAGGCCAAAAUCCAGAAAGUCCUAGCUUGGCUUGGAACAAAUGAAACACUCCAAGCUGACAUACUCGAACGGUAUAUGGGAGAUUACUUACCGGGAAGCUGCGAGUGGUUUGUACAGCACAAAGAAACCCAACUAUGGCUGGGAGAUAGCGCAAAGAAUCCUCUACUAUGGCUUUGCGGGAAGCCGGGAGCAGGAAAAUCCAUGAUAUGCUCUAGUGUUGUGCAACAUGCAGAGGCAAAUGCAGUUCACGUUUUCUACUACUUUUGUAGUUUCUUUGGAAGCCAUUCCGAUAGUCCAAGCCGGCUGCUGCGAUCCAUCAUCUCGCAGGUCAUCCAGAAGCAUCAGGAUCUUGCAAUCUACGUUCAUGACCUCUACUUCACUUCCCACCUAAUGCCAACAAAGAAGGCAUUACUGGGUCUUCUCCCUGAACUUCUCCAAGGGUUGGGCUCUGUGAGACUUGUUAUAGAUGGUAUGUUCCUGUGGGUAAGCCUCGUACUGAAAUCACUUGAUACAGUUUACAGCCCCGAAGAGCUGCGUAAAAUCGUUGAUGAUCUUCCCUCUGAUCUCGAAAAUCUCUAUGAUCAAAUUUUCAUUCGUCUCUGCGGCGCUCCAGGUGCGCGUAAUUACGGAGGCGUGCCAGGUGUCAUGAGCUGGAUAUGCUUUGCCCGGAGGCCUUUGCAUAACUCUCAAGUCCAGAGUAUCCCUGUCACUUCUAUACUUGAUCACUGCAAACCGUUCAUAGAAGAACUGCCGGACUCGACGAUAGUACCAGUUCACUUUUCGGUAAAAGAGUGA